CUUAUCGAUAACAGCGGUUUCACACUUUUGUCACUCUAAGCUGUUGCACUGCAUACGCGCCUCGAACAGCUGACAGCUCAGUUCAGUAGCGCGCAGCUGAGCAAGCAGCAGCAGAUUUGAAGCUGCUUCUCUUUUCUUUUAUUAAUAUUUGUGUGUAAGUCUUAACAACAGUCACUAGUAAACAAGCACAUGUAUUGCAACUAAGAUAUUUUUAGGCGCGCACAAACAUCCUUCAACAGUGCUUCACACCUGUCUUAGAUGCUACGACGCGUGCUGGGCUUUGGCGCCCUUGGCGCUGGCCUCGUUAGCACUGGCCUGAGCCUCCAUACAAAUGACUAUGAACUGAAUUCACUCGGAAUUGUACGUUUGACGCGUUCAGCUUGCGCUGUGGUCGAUGUGGCGCUCACCUACAAGCGGGAGCUUUAUUAUAAGGAGUGGGACAAGACGACGCCGGAAUACAAAGCAGAAAAGAGUCGUGUACAUAAAAUCGCCGCUGAGAAGCUACUCGAGCUCAUCUGCACAAAUAAGGGUGUAUAUAUCAAAGUGGGUCAGCAUAUUGGCGCACUGGAAUAUCUGCUGCCCAAGGAGUUUGUGCAGACAAUGAAAGUCCUUCAUUCGGAUGCGCCACAGAAUCCUAUCGAGGACUUAUAUAAGGUCAUACGACAGGAUUUGAAACGUAAUCCCGAGGAUCUAUUCGAUAGUUUCGAACGUGAGCCGUUGGGCACUGCGUCACUGGCACAGGUGCACAAAGCACGACUGAAGACAGGUGAAACUGUGGCUGUUAAGGUGCAGCAUCCAUAUGUCAAAGGCAACUCGCGCGUGGACAUGAAAACCAUGGAAUUAGCUGUCAAAGUGCUAGCGCGCAUAUUUCCCGACUUCAAGAUACAAUGGCUAGUCGAGGAGUCCAAAAAGAAUCUGCCCAUUGAGCUGGACUUCCUGAACGAAGGCAAAAAUGCGGAAAAGGUAGCCGAGCACUUCAAGAAAUAUAGUUGGCUGCGUGUGCCUAAAAUAUAUUGGGAGCUGAGCACAUCGCGUGUGCUUGUCAUGGAAUAUCUGGAGGGCGGACAUGUUACGGAUUUGGAUUACAUUAGGCAACAUAAAAUAGAUGCAUUUGAGGUGGCUAACAGGAUCGGACAACUUUACUCAGAGAUGAUCUUCUCCACGGGCUUUGUGCACAGUGAUCCACAUCCGGGCAACAUACUCGUACGACAGACGCCCAAAAACAAUUUGGAAAUAGUUUUGCUGGAUCAUGGACUCUAUGCGAAUCUUACUGAUAAAUUUCGCUAUGAAUACUCAAAGCUUUGGCUGAGCAUAUUGAACGUUGAUCGCAAAUCAAUGCGACAGCACAGCGAGCAGUUAGGCAUCAAAGGCGAUCUGUAUGGCCUGUUUGUUUGCAUGGUGACUGGUCGACCAUGGGAUACGCUAAUGCAGGGCAUUAACAAAGUCAAAUAUUCCAAAGAAGAGAAGAAUACGCUGCAGAGCAAUACGUCGCUUGUAUUGCCCCACAUUUCGGAUGUGCUCGAGCAAGUGGAUCGCCAAAUGCUGCUCAUAUUGAAGACUAACGAUUUAAUACGUGGCAUUGAGUCAACGUUGCGUACACAGAAUCGCAUGACCGCCUUUUGGGUGAUGUCCAAGUGCUGUGUGCAAUCCUCCUACGCGGAGCAGCGGGCCCAGCAGCCGGAGGCAGCGAAACGUUGGCAUUUGAGGCUGCGCGAGCGCUGGGAUCUAUUCAAACUGAAUGUCUAUUACCUCUAUUUGGGUUUAAUUAAUUUUGGAUUUUUUGCGGCGCUCAAGCAGGUGCUUUAG